CAACAGUGAAGAUACAGCGGUGGCGGCGAUCGCCUGUCUGCGACACCUCAAGACAAAUUAUGAAAUAGUGUGUAGAAUAUUUACAGUUUCUUAGUGAAACUCUUGUUUAUAUGAUAUAAUACUCUAGUCACGUAUGGUCGCAAGCUCUAUACAAGCAAUGGUGAAGUGUGUGGUGUGAAACUACUCAGGAAGUGAUAUCUCAAAGUAACGGAUGUUUUACUGAUAAGACCGUUGGACUUUUUGUCAUGACUACAAUGCAAGGAUGUAUAAGUGGACAGGAAACCCCGCUGGACGACCUCCCAUCAUGGAAACGCGAAUUGAUCCUUCGGAAGAGAGCCAAUAUGAGAAUGCAUGGAGGAUUUGGUCUUCCGACUCCUACCCCUCCGAUGGCGGGUCGUGGACAAGGCUCGCUGAGUGGCCGCGCCCAGCCCUCGUCAUCCUCGGUGAGUGGCCCCCACCAGACGGUAUCACGCUCGCUGAGUGGGCCAACCCCCUCCCACCCCCACCCGCCGACCCAUGCGAACAACAACGCGGUCAGUUCACGUUUGGACGGUGUUCGUGCGAGUGGCGGUAGUGGUGGUGAUAGAAAUGAGAACAAGAAAUAUGCUGUAACGAGUGAGAUAUCGAGUGCCAACAUAGCCAGCAACAUGCAUCAUAAGGGCUUGAAUGAUGAGGGCCCUCGGGUAUCCUCGCCCACGUAUUCUUCGUACAGUGAUUCCUUCGGGCAGGAAGAAGACGAGGAACUUAGUUAUGGCCCGGGCAUUGUGUCCAAACUUAAGAACCGGUACAUGAGCCUUGCCAUGAGAGAGAGCCGCGCCCGACCUUCUUUGCGGCGGUUCAGCUCCCUUGAGGACUUGUUAGACACUGAGCCCCGUGGGCCGUGGCAGGAGCGUGGCACCGCGGAUGUCAAGGCCCGCGCAGUGCCAGAAACCGCUGCCACACAGAGACGGGAUGUGAUGAAAAGAGCCCGGUCUGUGGACUCACUGAGCAGUAGGCUAACCGAGGAGGUGGGUAGGGGCAGAAGCGCGGGUCUGCCCAAAAGCAAGUCAGCAACCAGUCGCCUGCAAUCUAGUCUAUGUGCAUUGGGUAAGGAUGACGUCAUCAUCAUAGAGACGGCCAGACCUGUUGGCAAAGAGCAGAAGGCAGUGAACGGCGGUGCCCGGACGGUGGAUGCGGGGGAGCCGCCUCCUCUCACCCGCAAGCUGUCCUCCUCCAGCCUGGCCGAGGACGAGGAGAUGCCGCCUCCCGACACAGUGCGGCAGGUCAAGCGGAUGUUCGAGCCCUUGGCAGGGCGCCCCUUGCGUGGUGCUGCCGCCCGCGUGGCCGCCCACAAGGCCCAGCAGGCCUCCAAGACCAAUGGCAUCAGCCCCGUGGCUAAGCCCGCCCUCAAAGCCAAGCCUUCGGUGGUGCCCCCAGGCAAGGUCUCCUCCCCGACCUCCCCCUCGCUGCCCGUCACGAUCGAGGAGGCCAAGUCGUCCCUGCGGCAGGUGGGGCAGGUGAACCGGGCGUCCCCCAGGCCCACCCUCAGCGUGCGGGCCCCCGCUCAGAACGGAGACGCGGGCGAAGGGCAGAACGGCGUGCUGGAGAGAGCAGGUGUGGCCAGGGUGCGGCCCGGCCUGACCCCCGUCACCGCCUCGGUCACAGCUCCUCUGGUGAACGGCGAGCCCGGGCUUGCCCUCGCCCACACCCACGGCGAAAGUGGCAGUGCGCACGAGGGCGUGAAGAGGGUAUCCCAAACAGCUGUGUCCAACAUCAGAAAGGAGAGCCACUCUCAGGAAUUCAACUUCACGGCUGCCACUCGACCUGCUGGCAACUCGCAGUCAGGGCUGCAGGCGGCCAGGCCCUCCUCCCCCACGCCCACGCCCCUGCCCGCCUCGCCCGUGGCCUCGCACAGAGUGCCCACCCACUCAGCCUUCAGUAGUAAGGCAGACAGGGCACAGGAGAGUGAUCGCGUCCUACAGGAGAACCUCAAGAACGUGGAAAAGUCGCGGCCGCAGAGACAGCAACAGACUGCCAAAGUGGAACCUCCUGUGAGGUUAGAGUCUAAGGUUGAACCCUUGAAAGAAACCAAAGUCGAACCUGUGAAACCUACCCCUACUAAAGUAGAUCCUGUGAAACCUACUCCUACGAAAGUGGAUCCCGUAAAAUCUACCCCAACGAAAGUGGAUCCCGUGAAAUCCGCUCCCGAAGUGGAGCAGCCCCCCAAGUGGUCCCCUAAAAAAGUGGCCCCCCCAAAAAGCGAAUACCCCCAGUCCCCAGUGCUCAGCAAGCCCUCUCCCGCCGACGAGCUGGUGCGUUCCUCGGGCAAGGGGUCGCUGGUGGAGGCCGUGAAUACCUCCAACAAGCAGGCCUCCACCAACGGCGCGGGCGGCCUCUCCACGCCUCCCCUCAAGACGGCCGGACUCAGGGACAGGUGGCACCAGCAGGAGAACAACACCAUCGUCUUCAACUUCACCUCCAGUAAGAAAACCACUCCGGACUACAUCGAGAACGAUGGCAUCGACCUGUCCAAACGGAGACCUGAGGUGAGUAGCCACGGCGAGAGGAGAAAACGCGACGGCGGAGUGACGUACAGUAAGACUAACGAACCAAUGUUUGUUUGGCGAAAACGAACGGAAAUCUCCCCGUUCGCAGGAAGGGAGGCUGCCGUUCUACUUCGCUCAUUACCGGCAAAGCAACUGGACUCCGGGUACGUGAUCAUGCCCGGGUGGGGCGGGCCGGCAGACUCCAGCACCGACGGGGACGACGACGACCCCAGCCUGGACUACCUGGACGCCCGACCCGGGGUACUGCCCGCGCCCUCGGGCAUCGUCUUCGAGGGCGAGGCCGUCAUCAUCAACGGCAGGAGCAACUUGCAGCGACAGCCCAAGACCAAGAAGCUUAACCUCUCGUUCGACGACACGCUGACGCAGACGUACGAGUACCCGAGCGAGCUGUCCUUGAUGGAGGAAAUGGGCUCACCCAGCGACGACCUCCUCCCGUCCAACACCACGCUCGACUCGCCCUCCUCAACGCAAGGUGGCUUGGCGAGUUACACCCCCAGUAAAAUCCAGCUUGGUAGCACCUUUGAACUCGGUGUGUCUCGAACCCCACCACCCGUCCAAGCUCCGCCUCCGGUCCCUUCUGCUCCAUCAGAAAGGGUCGAAGAGGACUACUUACGACCAGCCGACGAAUCCGAAACCGUCACAUGGAGUGCUGAGAGUACAUCUGACAUGCUCUUCUAAGCCGGAUCACUUAACAAGGAUCAAGCUCAAAUUAAAGUCUUUGCAAACAGUUGAUCAGCUGCCAUCCAGUUUAAUCAAAGUCUUCAAGAAUUUGUGCUUCCCUGUAUCAGAACUGUUUUUAGAGUCUAUGCAGUAAUGACCGCCCAGCAUGCACUAGAAGAUGAUGUAAUUGUGAUAGGUUCUAAAGUAUCAUGUCUACAUUUUGAUGAUUUAGGGCAAUAUGUGAAUGUUCGUACAUUCCAUUUGGCUAACAGAUGAAUAUGUGCAUUCUUGUUGUGAUGAAUAAUGAAAAAGAAGUUAUUUUUUGUGUUACUUGGGAUAGUGUGAAAUAUAGAAGGAACCAUUUUUGUUUUUGUUUUUGUUUUUAGUGAUUUUGUGAUGUGUUCAAUAUUGAGAUUUUUCUAAUAUAUGUAUCUAUAGAUAUUGGAAUGGGAAAGCAGUUUAUAAAUGUUUGCUUAAAUAUUUUGUGUAUUCGUUUUCAAUCAAACUGCUCACUAAAUAAGUGAUUUUUAUAUCUAAUCUUACAAAGAGGAAUAUCAAAAGGCCUGUUGGUAGUUAUCACAGGUUUCAGAUAAUGAUUAUUUCCAUGCAUUGCAUAGAAGAAAAUUUUGGAAGUGAAUGUUUUUUCCAAGGAAAGUUCAAGGCUUCAUGUGAUCAUCGGAUGCGUAUGCUAUGUUAUGAUAAGUUUUUGUUUUUUUAUUAUGAAAGUUGAUAAUUUCAUUCUUUUUCUGUUUGUGAAUCAGAGAAGAAGUUGAAAGAAUAUCAACAAUCUCCUCAAAGCUUAACAACGAAACCUCAUUCCACACAAGCAUCAUUUGUGAUGAUCAUUCUCGUGGUGUCAUCAAAGGUAUUGUUUGUGAACUUUACUUUUAACUGUAGAUAUGACACACACUUUUCAUACAUAUGUAGCAAAGUUUAGUGUAUUUUAUAAUCUGUUAUUUUUUUCCUUCAGUGAUUAUAACUCACAUUGAUUUAACCAAAAAAAAAGAAAAAAAGAAUUAAAUUAGGGUGAUCCUGUGUCAUCUUUGUAGGUUGAUAUUUUUCCACGAGUCAUUCCUACCUGGGGGCCAUUUAUUUCCCAUGAUUGUAAAUAUACACCAAUGUAUGAUUUUUUUUCUUUUUUCUUUUGUUCUUUUUUCUUUCAGUCAGACAGAAUGUAGUAAUGAGGGCAUUAAGCGCACACUGACGAUUAUCAAACAAGAAAAAAAUGAGAAUAAUGCUUUGCCCUGAUUCCUCAUUGUAGAAUGAAUGGUAUUUAAAAAUGCUGAAUUAUCAAUCCAUAAAGAAAAUGUAGACUUUUCCUAACAUCAAUCAGAAUUUUGUCCUCCAUAAUAUUCUUGAGUGGUCAUUUUUUGCAGUUUCAUCAGUUUUAGGGAUCCUGGGCUAUGGAAUUAACUGAUCAUGUGACAAAUAAGAUCAUUCCUGACUGUAUUUGUUGUGCAUAACAACUAAUUCAGUUUUUGUCAUGAAAUUAUGCAUACAGUUCAAAGCUGGACAAAGUGGAGAGAUCUUUUAGUCAUUAGAGAGUGAUUGACAUCAAAAGUUUUCCUUUCCUGUCAUUUUUAAAAUUUAUAGAGGUAUAACUUUGUACAGAUUCAUGGAUACCUUUGCAACAUUCAAAAUGAGAUGUCACAUAUAUGAAAGGGAAUGUAUGUCUUCAUAAAUAAAAAUAGAAAAUAAAACAUAACAUUGACAACUGGCCUGAGUAUGGAGAUGCUUUUUGCAAUGAUGAAUUGAUCAACACAGCUGUCACACAGAUGGCAUUGCUAAUUUUACAAUGAUUUUGAAAGAGUGCUAUCUUCUCCCUCUUUACCUUUAUAUUUUGCAGUUGCAGUUUUUAUUUUUUUCCCAAGAUGUGGAUUGGGAAUUGAAAAAUGUACAAUAAUUUGAAUUCAGGAAGUAUGCAGAACAUGUGUCUAAUGUGUAUGUAUAUGUGUGUGCUAUUGUGUAACACAUGCAUUUGCAUAGAUGAAACUCUUGGUGAUGCAUUAGAAUAAAUGUGUGCAGAGAGAAAUAUAUUUGUAAUAAAGUAAUGAGACAUUAUUAGACAAGUGCAAAAAUCUAAUGCCAAAGGUGGUAAGGGAGUUACUGCCUAAACUUUGGUGUGAAAAUAGAAAUAAAUCUUAUAAUUGUAAAUGGAUUACUUUACUGAGGAUGAACUACAGGGCUUUUUUGGAGUUUCUAAAGUAAUAUCUAGCACUAUUAUUGAAAGAAACACUUUUCUUGUUGUGAAGUUUGUACAAAUUGUACCCUUAAUGCUUGUCUCGUAUUGUUCUCUGAAAUCUGUCAUAUUAUAACGGCAUCAGCCAUUCAUGAUACUGCAUCACCAUUUGCAAGCAUUAAGCCAUAUAUUACUAGCUACUGUAGUCUGUCAGUUCUCUCCUACUUAAUUUCUAAUGCUUUAUGCUAAAACAGGCUUGCCGGUGGUCCAGCAGUGUUUUAGACUGUCACAAAGCUCUUAGGCAGGCAAUUUUGGUGAUUCCAUUUGUUUUUGUGGUUCAUUGGUACCAAGGAAAGAGCCCAUAAAACAUACAUAAUUUCAAGCUGAGAGGAAAUGCCAAGGAUGACCAGUAUUUUUACUGUAAAUUCUUUGAAUUCCCUAUAAACUGGUGUAUAUUA